AUAUCUAAUAAGGAGGCAGCAUGGGGUUCGUUUCAGCCAAUGGUGGCUGACGGGGUAAGGAGGCGGGUCCUUCAGCUUGAGCGGGAGAGCGGGCAGCGGAGAUGUCGAGUUGGUGCCGUUGAGAGCUGAGGGCUCGUUUACGUCAGAGCAACAUGAUGCCAAGAUGCUGAUUUUAUUAUUUUAAAAUUGCACAGCUGCUAUUUUUCAUUUCCUGAUUGCAACACAAAGACACUGAGUACCACCACGUCAGCAUUUGAAAUAUUUAUUGCCAGCUUUGCUCCAGUACAUUCAAUAACCCUGAUUGAAUGCAUUGUUAAUAACUGUCGCAGUGGCCAUCAUGAGGUUUCUUGUUGUGGCAAUCCUAACCCUAUGUCUGCGUGACAGCGCCAGUGGAGCUGAGAAGAAUGGGAGGCGGAGAGAGUAUGCUUCUCAAAGUUCAGGGCAAUUUCAAGAAUCAGGGACAUUUGAAAUGAAAUCACCUAAUCUGAAUGAUGAGGAAUUUCACUCCAGCCACAUGCCUGAUUAUUUGCAGUGUGACUCCUGCAGAGCAAUUUCUUAUCAGAUGCAGGAAUAUCUUUCAAAGUGGGAAUCGAAAAUCUCUGCAGUGAAAGAGGGGAAAACAAUACUGAAUGAAGCCGAUUACACUGAUGCUUUGGAGAAAUGCUGCUCCCAGAGUUGGGACAAGCAUGGUAUAAUAGAGUUGAAUGGUGUUAAACGUCUGUCAGGCCCAGGACUGGAGACAGAAGACUUUAUGGGAGUGAUGAUGAUGAACGGACCAUGGCCAGGAAGGUUGUUCAAAAUGUGCCAAGCUUACCUAGGAGAGUUUACAGAAGAGGACAUUUACAAGGAAUACAGGAACAAUCCGGAUUACUUAGAAGAUUUUCUCUGCUUUGGUAAAAAUGGAGCUUGCACAAAACAUAAAAAAUCCCAAACAGCCUUUAAAGAUGAAAUAUAAGCAUUUUGCACUGGCUGUUCAGGUGACAAAUGCACAUUAGGAAUUUGGGCGAGGAUGUGGGAGGGUGGUUUUGGGUGAGGAGACAGUUAGCAGAUGAUUUUUUUUUAAUUCAUUCCUAUUAAUGAACUGAAAAUGAGGAAUUUGGCACUCCUCAUACCCAAAUUCCUGAUGUUCACUCUUGUCGUUGAAAUCCUACUUAAUAGAUUAAUCCAUUCAUCUACAGACACUGGUAAAUAGUCAUGCUUUUGUUACCUCAUAAGUUGUGAUGUUGAAGUUCCGUGACAUUCUUCCAUGUAAACCAAUUGUGCCGAUUAGCAAACAGACCCCAGCACUUAAAAGGCCCACUUUUACAACAUGUAAUCAUUUAUAUCGACCAAAAAGUGAAAAACCAGUAACUGUUAAAUUUGAAGUUGCUGCUUAUGGUGUCUUUAGUGACCAUUUAUUACAGGCAGAACCUGCUGGAGGCCAGUUGGAAAAUGAACCAAUAUUGUUUUCGGAUUAUGAGUGCUCCAAACCUCCUGUGACAAACUGUUCACUUUUCUAAUGACUCUAUUUGCAGGUUUUAUUGAAGCUGGAACUAUCUUUGGAUAAGUGCAACUGACAAUUUCUACAGUGUUUUAGAACUUAGGGAAAAAUGACUACAAUCUGUUGCUCUGAGCUGUAAUGUUUUGGUAAUUUAUACCACCGACAGCAAUGCACCGCGCACACAUGCACAUGACUGCAGUUAUAUGGGUAUAGCGGGAAGGUCGUGUUCACAUAAAUGCUAUAAGCAAUAGGGACUAAAUCUGAUACUGUAAAGAAACAAGUAAGUUGUCAGUGAAGGCCUGGAAAACAAUCAGAAUGUGAUAAUCAUUUAUAGGUUGUUGUAUUUCUAAAUUGAUUUCAGCAGAUAAUUUUAUCCUAGUGUAGUGGUGGGAGGGGAGGGGAUGCAGUGAGGAAACAUUACAGCGGUGGACACUUCUAUCUUACCUGUAAGUCAUAUGUGCAUGCUGAGCAAAGAUCACAAAUGAAGAACCUCAGCUGAUUUCUCUCCUUAGCCAGGACCACCAAGUGUUAAAAGCAAAAUACUGCAGAUGCUGGAAAUCUAGAACAAAAACAAAAAUACCUGGAAAAACUCAGCAGGUCUUACAGCAUCUGUGGAGAGGAAUACAGUUGAUGUUUUGAGUCCGUAUGACCCUUCAUCAGAACCAACUGUUAACAUCUUUACUGCCACCUUGGUUAUAAUCAGUGCAAAACAGGCACUGAAGGUUAAGACCUGGGAUCUUCCGGUCAUAUUGCUCGGUUAUACCUCGCUUUCACCAACUGACCAUUUGAGGGGAAGGACUGAUGUAUCCAACCUAGCUUUAAUUUUAUAUGUACAGCACCAAAGUCAGGUCAGGAUACAGAUGUUAAUUAUUGUAAGUUAUGUUUAAAGCUAUGUUUGAGACUCAAUUUUCACAAUUCACUAAAUCCUCUUUGACUAACACAAAAGCUGAUAUUAUUCAGCGAUCACAAGUCACUUGUGCAUGUGUCUGAAAUUUGUAAUUUAGAUUAAAAUACCUUUCGAGAUGAAUAGAAAGAAUCACCCACAAGAGGUACUGCAAGCAAGUUUCUGGCAUUUAUCUUGUUAAGUCUAAAGUUUAGUAGUAUGGUUAAGAAAAAUAAAGAGUUUGCAUUUUUAA